ACAAAAGAGAGGGGGAGGGCUGUUCGCGGGAAAAAUGGCGGAACUGUGCGUGAUGGUAGUGUUUUGAUCGGAAAACAUCCUCAGUAUCGUUUCUUUAGUCUUUUUCUGUGUCUGUCUUCACAUAUCGGAAUUUAUUUUCCAAGAGAAACUUGUGACUGUACCAAAAUCCCAACAGAUUAAGGAAACUCUAAGCUUUUUUAAAAAAAAACUUUAUUAUUUUGAAAUGGACAUCAAAUGACAAAGAUGCAAAGUGAUUCAACUCAAUUUGUUACUUCUGAGCCCAACAAGGAAGUCUGCAAAUUUGCAGCACAACCGACAGUCAAAUCUUUCCAGUGUGGUAAAUGUACUUUAGUCUUCAAAUCCAAAGUUUAUCUUUUUGAGCAUCUAAACAAUGUGCACGACUUAGAUGUGCACACUGCUCUCCAAGAUGCUGGCUUGAAGUAUGCAGAGGCAGACAAAAACUCAAGCUUGGAAAAAAAGCAUUUUAAAUGCCAGCACUGUGAUUUUAAAACUUGCCACCAGGAUCUUUUUAAAAAACACAAGAAGCAGUGCCACCAAAAUGAAAAUGCAAACUUGACUGAAGCUUUAAGCGGCUCUGAAAACCAUGAAGCGGCUGGCGUUUCAGCUGACCAUCACAGAGAAGCUGCAGAAUUGGAAGAGAUUCCCUCGGUUCUGUCAGCUGCAUCUACCUCAGAGGCAAAAUGCCUCCUUGCCUCAUUGAAGGACCUAAAAACCUACAAGAGACCAGCCCAAACUAAUGAAAACCUUUUCAAAAAUCCACCUGGAUUAAACGGGACACCAUGUUCGGAGGAGGCGGAUGACCCAAAAGAAACUCUAAUCUUGCAAGAAACCCCUGUAGCUUCCAGACCUAACAGUAGGGGUGUUUCUCGAGCAACCGUGAAAUCUAUGAUUGAUGUUACGGUUCGUGGAUGCAGUGAACUUUUGCUGACAGAUCAUUUGAGUGCUGGCCUGCUACCUAACCUUCCCAAGACGCAACUCACAGAACCAGGUCAGUGCAGUGUUGGAAAGAGAAUCAACAAUAAAAGCCUGCAAAGUCCACCUGCUAAAAAAGCAAAAUUACUUCCAGAGGCAGAGCUUUCACAAUUAGAAAAUGCACAUCCUUCCUCCUCUCCAGAGUUUUCAUUUGAAGUUAGUGAGGAUGAAGAAGAACAGAAAGUGAAUCAAGCACACAGAGAUCCACAGAACCCUGACGUUUAUUUCUGUAAGCACUGUGACUUCAGGGAGGGAGACUUCAAUCUUAUGUCCUUACACUAUCAGAAUGAUCACCCUUAUGUCAGAUGCAACGUUGCCUACAUUAACAACUCGAACGACCAGAGUGCCACGUUCCGCUGCUUGGAAUGUCCAUUUGAGUUUGCAAGUGCAGUUGACCUGAAGUGGCAUUACACAGAAAAGCACCCAGCAGCCCCAGAUGUAUUCAAGUUGAAGUCAAGUGAGCUCUGCUUACUUUUUAAAUGCUUCCAGUGUGAUUUCGCAUGUGAUGCAUUAAAGCCCCUACGACAGCAUUACAAAGAAAGCCACCCGUCAUGUAGCGUGGACAACUCUUUGUUGUUCUGUCGAUAUUCAGUCCCUAAAUCCUCCCAAGAUGAUGAAUCGUGCAAGUUGCAAAAGCAUGAAAUAUCCGCUCGUCCUGAACAAUUAAUUGAGAGAUCCCCUGAAAGAGAACGUACAUUAAGGACAGAAGUCCAGGAGACACCUUCACCCCAAUGCCCCACUCCCACUAGGCUAGAAAUGCACACCUGCCAAAUCUGUUCGUUUGCCCACAAGUCAGUUGUUGUAAUGCAUGUUCACUACAGAAAACACCACCCAGAAGAAGCCAACAGCAUAGCCAGAUUAAGACAAUUAGCAAGUUCCCCGUCACACUUGCCGCAGCAGACCCCCCAGAAAGAGUUGUCAAAGAAAGAAGAUCCCGAACUGUCGAAGCAAAAGCGGGUUUUGUCCAUUCAAGUGGAGGAAGCAGGAGCAUUGACGUUUAUGGACCGCAUUUCAAAGGAACCUCUGGGGAGUCAUCAGGGUGAAGCACAGCCUCAAACGGACGCAGAGAGCACAGAGGGCAGCCCAGCAAAAAUUAAGAUGAAGGAGGUGGAUGCUAAAGAUCUCUCCACGACUAAAGCCGAUGCUUAUGGAGAUCCAGAAAACCUAUUUUACUGUGAGACGUGUAACUAUGGAAAUCCGUCUAUAAAAGGAAUACAAAACCAUCAGAUCAAAAUCCACAGGCAUACAAUUAACAAUGAGUGUGUUGCUGAGUACACGUCUAUGUUGUGCGAUCAGAUAAAGAAGUCAAAAGCAGCUGACAAGGGCUCAUCAUCUGCCCAUCAUUUACCGCUUGCCGUCCUAAAUAGUGGGGAUGAAAAUAUGUUUUUUUGCCCCAUAUGUAACUAUAGACACGAUACUAUACAAAAAGUAAUGCGCCACCAUUCAGCGAGGCACGGUGGCUUUUAUAUGAAGUCUACACACGUAGACCAAUACACUUCGGCGGUUUUAAAACAGACAAAAAAGCCCACACCAGAGAUCGAAAUCAAAAAGAAAGAAGAGGACAAAAAGAAACUCGACAGUCAUUCCUCAGAUUCACCAUCGGCGAAAGUCCCACAAACGGAGAGGGUGCUCCAAUGCUACCGAUGCGAUUUUCAUACUCCAGUUGUGUAUCUGCUGAAGAAGCACUUGUUGAAGAUGCACAACGUAAACCGCGCAUACAAAGACAUUAUACGACUUUGCUAUCGAGCCGGAUCGCUAGAGUCAGGCUAUCACUGCGAGUGGUGUGUCUUCAGUGACAAGACCACUGUAGCAGUGUUUGAACACUACCGAGAGCAACACCCACAAAAACAGAUAAACUAUCCCUACAUAAACACAAAGUUAUAUGCCGGUCCCAAAAUACUACAAACACACAAAAAGAAACCCAAGCUUGUGGAAACUACCAAUUAUUCUACAUCUGAAAAGAAACGCUCGGAUCACCAGAGAAACGAAAAGCCAAGUUCAAGCAACCAGGUGGAAGACCUCAGCAAAAUACCAGGAUUAUUUGAAUCUUUCCAGGUGCCUCUAGAUGACACGGAUGACCAAACAUUAUCCACCUCCGAAAAGUUCAAGUGUCCUUCCUGCCCGCAGAGUUUUAGGUCCCAAAGCAACCUGAGUGCUCACUGUGGAACCGAACACAAGGAUGUGGUUGAUGAUUCCACAGAGAUGAGCAAAAGCCAAACGCAAGCAGCAAUGCGUCUUCAAGUACACGUCUUCAAGUGUGUGCAUUGUCCCUACAUCAACACAAUGUACCAGGGAGUUCUCACUCACAGCCAGAUGAAGCAUCCUACCUUAAUACCAGAGAUGGACACUCUGCUCCUGGAUGUCAAAAAUCUGCGCAACUGGGAGGAAUACACAAAGAAGAAAGAAUGCGGGGAGACUCCCAAGGUUUAUGGAUACAUCUGUGAAAAAUGUCAGCGAAUCUUUGUAACACUGAAAAAACUAAAGAGGCACUGUAGCACAAUCCACCAGUCAGGUGAGUCAAACCCCGUCCAAGAUGAAGACGCUUCAUCGCCUAAGCCCCAUGGCAACAAAGGAUCUGUCCCCACGGCCUCGUUUUUGAGCAAGAAAAAGUACGGUAAGAUAAGGUGCCAGCACUGCUCGUACAUCUGCAGCACUAAAAUGGCGCUCAGUCAACACUUACAUAUUCACCAUAAGUCUUUUGCUCCUAAGGGUACUUUCAAAUGUUCUCUGUGUUCUCACGUCUACUACCACAAGAAGAAACUAAAGUCCCAUUACAUUAAAGACCAUGACAAGAGUGCAUACUUAAAAUACUACCUGCCAUUAUGCAAAAAGUACAAUAAAGAGUCAGAUGAAUUAUCUCAGGACUCAUCAGCUCAGCAACCAAAAACUGACUCCACAGAGGGUAGAAAGGUGUUCUUGAAGUGUCCAGUCUGUCCCUAUUUCAAUACGCGGCACCAUGGUACUCUCACUCACUGCCAGAUGAAGCAUCCGGAUGUUUUCGUGAGGGCAAACGAGCUUGAAACACAGGAAAUGCUUCUAUCUGAGCUAUCAGGCUGUUUGAUUGGAAAAAACUCCAGUGAAGGUGGGUAUAUGUGUGACGAAUGUGGAGGCAUUUUGAAGUCAUUUAAGAAGUUUAAAACCCACUGUCAGAGGCACCACAAGGGGGAAAACGUUUCCAGACCACCGAAGGACGUAGAGGUGGAAAGAACUCCUGCUAAACUCCCCCCAGUGUUGGCAAAGAAGUCUCCAUCUCCAGCUAAGGUCACAGAAGCAGCUAAGGUCACAGAAGCUGCUUCCAGUUUGACCGAUCUUGAGUCGAGUCCUUCCAAGGCAUCCCCCAAGGAAGUACAACGUGCGUACAAAUGCCAGCUCUGCCCCCACGAAACCACCUGUCGAAAGUACCUGCGCAGCCACUACCAAAAUACGCACAAACUGGACGGAAUUACCACGUACAAGUUUUUGGAGAAGUACAACCGCCGUAAACGCAGUUACCUAAGGAUGUGCGGGGCGGGUGAAAAGCACAAAUACGUUCGAGGUGAAGAAAGCUUCACAGUCAAGUGUCAGCAGUGUCCAGACUUAGUGCUAGACUCCCACCAGUUGCUUAUUGAACACUACAGUCAUUUUCACGGCCUGGGCAGCAAACUGGACUUUAAAGUGCUAUCUUUUGGCGUACGAAAGGGCAGCACGGGAAUCUACAAAUGUUACCAUUGUUUGACGAAAUUGUACGGCACCAGAAAGCUCCACUAUCACUUGGAUCGGCACAGAGCCAAGAUGGUGGAGUUGACAAAAGCUUUGCUGAAGAAGGAACCAGCUGUGGACCCGGUAGCAUCUGGAACACAACAGGAUAAGCUGUCUCCAUUUGGAAAUGUGACGGAGCUCGGUCAGCGGAAGAUCUCAUCUGUAGAGGCCGUCGCUCCGUCGUCCCCUGUGAGCGGAGCCAACAUAAAGGUGGACGCAGAGGCAGAGAAAGACGGGCACGCCUGCAAGCAGUGUGGUAGAACAUUUAUGUCGCUGAGCGGCCUCCAUUCACACGAGCAAAGCCAUGCAGCGCUGGCAGCUAUCGAGAAGCUGGACCAUCUGUCCACCUCAGGAGAGAAACUCAAAAUGAACAAGUAUGUGAUCCACAAGUCUGGGACAGUGAAGCCUUUCCUAUGCAGCUGCUGCUCCUAUCGGACGACCCUCCUGGGUUUACUGCGAAGGCCCUUUCUGAAAAACCAUCAAGAUGUCAUUCAGCGGGAUAUGCCGAUGGGCCACAGAGGCGAGCUUCUCUCUCCAACACCUGGCAAGACGCCUCCUUAUCAGAUCAACGCUUUUCUUGACCCUGAUGUAGAACCUGAAGAGUCUGAAGAGUCUGUGUACUCGGAGCCACCGGAUGUGCAGCGGCAGUUGAACCACUACAGCCUAAUGGCUCGAAACAACUCCGAACCUUCAGACGGCCACUCGCCACUAAAGCUGACGAAGAACAGACAGCUGUGCUGUGAGUUUUGCAACUUCCACACCGAACACCCGUCAAGCAUUCGACGGCACUACAUGGGCCGGCAUGGCAAGAAGAUCCUCAGGUGCAAAGACUGCAGCUUUUUCACUGGUUUGCGGAAAUCUCUGGAGAUGCACAUUGAGGCGGGUCAUCUCACGUUUCAGCCUACAGCGACCUAUCAGAAGGACUUCCGCUGCCCCUUCUGCCUCUACCAAAGCAAGAACAAGAACCACAUGAUUGAUCACAUCGUCUUACAUCGGGAGGAGCGCGUCGUUCCAAUCGAGGUGCACCGCCCCAAACUCUCCCGGUACCUCCAAGGGAUCGUCUUCCGCUGCCACAGAUGCACGUUCACAUGCGGAAGCGCCAAGAGCCUUCAUUUCCACAUGAUGAGACACAGUGAUCUCAAGCCCUACAAGUGUCGGCUGUGCUACUUCGACUGCACUCUGCUGAAGGACUUGGAGAAACACCUGAGCGACCAACACCAGGUUUUGAGGAAUCACGAGCUCGUGGGUCAGGUGAGCCUGGAUCAACUGGAGUCCAGAAUUGAAAGGAGGAAAGAAAAAGAGCUGGACAUCCAAGAUCUUCAGGACUUUGACGGAGACUUUUCGGAAGCUGAGAACAUGACCAACGAUGACACCGAGAAGAAAACAAUCCUCAGAGAGCUACUAGAAAAACGGGAUGAGGAUGGAAAUGGCCAAAACUCUGCCAAGAGCUGUACCAACCUUCAGUGUGAUGCUACCACUCCAAAAUCUGGUCUCCAUGAGCAGGACCUGCAGUCUGGAGCAGACACCGGAGCUUUGAUUCACUCUACAGGAGGGCUGCAGGCCGCAAGUGUUGAUCAACGGGAUGAAGUCCAGCAGGACGGCUGCAGUGGUACUGAGCACGUACUGAGCACCAUCAAAGUGGAAGAAGAUCUUCAAGACAAUGCCGUAGAUCUAAAACUCAACAAAGAUGACGGCAUCUCUGCCCCGAACGGUCAGGUCAACACAUCCUUAGCAAACAGGAGUUCAGCUGAGGACACCAAGGACAGCUCCUCUCCAAAACCCCCCUCCCAGACUGCUUCACCCGUCGGCACAGACACCCGCUCCGUCUCCCUGAAGACGUGUAAAGACGAGCUGGAGCAGACCUCCAUCAGCAGUCAGGAGGCACCGGGACAUUUUGGAGAAAUGCCGGUGCUUGAGAAUGAGCUCCUGAAGAAGAAACUGGACAGUCCUGAAAACUGCAAAGAGGAGGAGGAGGAGGACGAAGAAGGAGGUAGGAUGGUCUCCGAUGACAGCGGGACCUGUGACAAAAAGGAGGAUAUUUCACCUGUGGAUAAAGCCGUUAACGUCCUGAACCCCCCUCGGCUCAAGUGUGAGUUUUGUGGGCGAAGCUUCACGGACCUUUCUGAACUGACGCGCCACGUCGGGCGCCACGGACGCUGACGCCGCCGCCUGAAGCUGACGAGCCGUUCACUGUGUGUCAUCUGCCCUUUUUCUUUACGGGAAACCAGACUUAACCUAUUUUUCACAUUUUGUAGGUUCUUUUUAAACUUUUUCUAAAGAAAACUUUUUAUAUAACAUUUGUUGUUCAUAUGAUUUAAUUCAGUGGCAAAAGGUUUAGAGGAGAACUUUUAUGUGAACCAGUGAGAAAGAGGACAUUUUUUUUUUGUGGUUUUAAAAUCAUUUCUGUUUAGGUGUUAAUGUUUAACACAGUAUGAUACACAUAACAUUCUAGAAAUCUGGGUUACUUUUAAAUUACAAACAACUGCUCAUCAAGAAAAAAAGUGUUGCCUUCAUGGACUGUUGGGCACUUUAGUGCUACCCCUCUGCAGUCAGGUUUAGCUAAUAGACCUUUACAACUGACGGUAUUAAAGAAUGCUCAAACACAUGGAUGUCUUCUUUUGUUUUUACUGAAUCGGCCUGUACAGACUUCAAUAGUUGGAAUGAUUAUUAUUGGGGAAAGGGAUCCCAUUCAAGAUCCUAUUUACAGAAGUGAAGAGUUACACAAAAGUAAAGUUGCAAGUUUUUGACUUUGUGAUGUCACAAAUGCAAAUUUUGGCAGUAUCAGAAUAAGAAGUGAAACCUUUUGCUUGAUGAAGUUCUACAAAAGUUUAUAUAUAAAUGGAUAUUUAGUAACUUCUACUGAUUGAACAGCAUCAAACUCCAAGUAUAUUUCUCAGUUAAAAAAAAGUCACACAUCUUAGAUUCUGUGAUGUCACAAAUACUUUUUUUUUACCAGUAUUUGAAUAAUGGGUGAAACAUUUUAUUAGGUCAACCAUGAACACAGAGCAAAAAGUACUUUUUUAUUUUAUUUUUUUCUUCUACAGAUUUGAAAGUAUCAAACUGUGUGAACAAUUUUCCCUGCAACAGUUUUACACAAAAACAAUGAAUUCUUUCCAUUCUGUAAUGUCACAAAUACAUAUUUUAUGGUGUCUGGUGGUAGUGAAACCUUUUGCUUGGUGAAGUCAACAUUUUUCUGCUUCAAUUGAUUUAAAAGCAUUAAACCGAGUGUAUAAUUUCCAGUAUAACAGUUUUUAAUAAAAAAAUAAAGUCCUGGUUCUCA